CUCACGGUUCAAUUCUACCGCCAAACUCAGAAGCACUUUUCCCGGCGGAUUCUAAUCCAAAGCCGCUGCUUCUUUCCCUAUUGUUUUCGAAUUGGAUUCACUUGCGCUGAUUUCUCUCGGUAGCUCCGAUCGGUUAUGCUCUCGAUCGUCUGAUUUUGAAUUCGGAUUCCCUUAGGGUUUGAUCGGAAAUCCGAACUCCUACGAUGCUGUCGAAUCACUUGCAGAAUGGAAUCGACGCGCCGAAGCUGGCGUGGUCUCGCCUCCCGACCUCGGACGACUCCGAGAACGACGUCGUCGGGCUGCGGAAGAAAGCCGACGAAGGCGCCGGCGUCGAGAGCCUUGACUACGAAGUCGUCGAGAACUACGCGUACUGGGAAGAGCAGGCGCAGAGAGGGAAGCUCUACGUCGGUUACUAUGUGGCUGUGAAGUGGUUCUUUGCUUUGCUCAUCGGAAUCGGCACUGGAUUGGCUGCUGUGUUCAUCAAUAUUUCCGUUGAGAAUUUUGCCGGCUGGAAAUUUGCAUUGACAUUUGCUAUAAUACAAAAAUCGUAUCUGGCCGGUUUCGUGGUGUACAUACUAAUCAACUUAGUUUUGGUCUUUUCUUCUGUAUAUAUCAUUACGCAAUUCGCACCGGCUGCAGCUGGGUCCGGUAUUCCCGAAAUCAAGGGAUAUUUAAAUGGGGUCGACAUACAUGGUGUCCUACUUUUCAGAACAUUGAUCGGAAAGAUAUUUGGGAGCAUUGGUUCAGUUGGAGGAGGUCUAGCUUUAGGCAAAGAAGGUCCUCUUGUUCACACUGGUGCUUGUAUUGCUUCUUUGCUUGGACAGGGUGGAUCUACAAAAUACCAUCUCAGAUAUAGGUGGCUACAAAUUUUUAAUAGUGACCGAGAUCGCCGUGAUCUUGUAACCUGUGGAUGUGCAGCUGGAGUUUCCGCUGCUUUCAGAGCUCCUGUAGGCGGUGUACUAUUUGCAUUGGAGGAAGUCACAUCCUGGUGGAGGAGUCAACUUAUGUGGCGUGUGUUUUUCACAUCUGCUAUAGUGGCUGUUGUGGUGCGUACUGCAAUGGGAUGGUGCAAGAGUGGAAAAUGCGGACAUUUUGGCUCAGGCGGCUUCAUAAUAUGGGACAUAUCUGAUGGCCAAGAAGACUAUUCCUUUGAGGAGUUCUUGCCAAUGGCGGUUAUUGGGGUCAUUGGAGGUUUACUGGGGGCCUUGUUUAACCAGCUCACGUAUUACAUCGCCUACUGGCGCCGGAAUUAUUUGCACAAGAAAGGGAAUCGAGUCAAGAUAAUUGAAGCAUGUCUCAUCUCUCUGAUAACGUCAAUUAUUUCCUUUGGUUUACCACUUUUAAGAAAAUGUAGUCAGUGCCCAGAAGCAGAUCCAGAUUCUGGUAUUGAAUGCCCGCGGCCUCCAGGAACGUAUGGAAAUUAUGUUAAUUUUUUUUGCAGUAAGGACAACGAAUACAAUGAUCUUGCAACUAUUUUCUUCAAUACUCAGGAUGAUGCGAUCAGGAAUUUGUUUAGUGCAAAAACAAUUCACGAGUACAGUGCCCAAAGUUUAUUGACCUUCUUGGUUAUGUUUUAUACAUUAGCAGUAGUUACAUUUGGUACCGCUGUUCCAGCUGGUCAGUUUGUUCCUGGAAUAAUGAUAGGAUCAACAUAUGGACGUCUUGUAGGCAUGUUUGUUGUUAACUUCUACAAGAAGCUCAACAUUGAAGAGGGGACGUAUGCACUACUUGGAGCAGCUUCCUUUCUUGGAGGUUCAAUGCGAAUCACAGUGUCUCUAUGUGUCAUUAUGGUUGAAAUCACAAAUAAUUUAAAUUUUUUGCCUCUCAUCAUGCUUGUUCUUCUUAUUUCAAAGGCUGUUGGUGAUAUGUUCAACGAAGGCCUGUAUGAAGAACAGUCACGAUUAAGGAGCAUUCCACAAUUAGAAUCAAAACCGAAAUAUCAAAUGCGGCAGAUGACAGCAAAGGAGGCCUGUGGAAGAAGGGUGAUUUCAUUCCCACGUGUUGUUAAGGUUGCAGAUUUGGUUUCUAUUCUACGGAGCAACAUGCAUAAUGGGUUCCCUGUGAUUGAUCAUUCUAGAAAUGGAGAAACACUUGUCAUCGGGCUAAUGCUUCGUAGUCACUUGUUGGUACUUCUGCAGUUGAAGGUAGAUUUCCAGCAUAGCCCUUUGCCAUGUGGAUCUAGGUCUAUCAGGCACACUUUGAGCGAGUUUGUCAAACCUGCUUCCAGUAAAGGGUUAUCAAUACAUGAUAUACAUCUUACCUCAGACGACUUGGAAAUGUACAUAGAUCUUGCCCCCUUUUUAAACCCAUCUCCUUACCUCGUCCCUGAGGAUAUGUCUUUGACAAAGGUAUAUAAUCUUUUCCGUCAAUUAGGUCUGAGACAUAUAUUUGUUGUUCCGCGGCCAUCUCGUGUGAUUGGUCUGAUUACCAGAAAGGAUUUAUUGAUUGAGGAAAAUGAGGAUCCGGCGUCAAUGGAACUACAAUCGACUAGUGUAAGAGCACAACAUUGUGAAAAGAGAAAGGUCAAGUGGAUUGGAGAUGCGGAGCGCCCGCUACUCACUAGUCUUCUAUCAUGACACCUAUCUAACUGACUUGCUGUGGAAGACUCGAUUAUUUACUUCCCCAUCUCUGCCUCAAAAGGCCUAGGUUUUAGUGUUUUACUGCUUUCUUUAUAAAUUUUACAGUAGUUAUUUUUGAGAAAAUUAGUUAGGAUUAGAGUCGUUUGAUUAAUUGUUUCCCCUUUGAGGGAUUAAGAACCACACCCAUCUGAGUUUUGUAACAUGAACUGGAACAAUAAUAGUAGAUGGCAGAUUGCUGCGACUUGUAAAAGUUACAGAUCACAAACAGGGAAUGAUGCAGUUCAAUGUACUAUUUGGUUCAGCAAAACCUCCGACCAUAGUGCAU